UACAGCGAGUUAGUUUUUUUUAAACAUGUUUUUUUAAUGGUUUUUGUGAAGCAUGUGAGCGUCUGCCGUUAUGCUUUAAAAUGCUCGCAGGUUAAAUAAAGUCCUCAUCGGUCCAUCAUGGCUGAAAUGCAGGCUUUGAGGGCGCUGGUGGCCGAGAGGCUGACGGCGGCCGCGGAGGAGAUUUUGAGCGCCGUCGAGAGGAUGACAACAGAGAGGAAGAUGCUGCACACGCCAGAAAUGUCUCGUGAACAGCAGAGGGCGGCUGUGCGUGAGCGGCUGUCGGCGGUUGCUGAUGAGAUCUUCAGGAUCCUGGAGAUGAUGAUGAGCGAACACGAGACACAAGCCUCCGGUUCCCACGAGCAGAUCCAACGUCAGCGCCAGCUGCUGGACAUCACGCUGAAAACAGAGAAAAACUCACACAGAACAGACAGACUCUCAGGGUGCGACGGUGAAAAGGACGUUUCCUGUGUGCAGCACAAACGUGAGGAGGUGAACGGCUCUGGUCAGGCGCGGGAAACUUCAAAUCUACGGCGGAUUAAAGACGCGUCCACGGAGACAGACGGCUGUGAGUUGACCCACGGUAAGGCCACACAUCUUCAUCAAACGCAAAGAGCAGAAAAGGGCAUCGCAGCUCUGGUGGACGCUGAGGCACGAGCAGAAGGGAGCGACCAGGAGGCUUCCUCUUCAAACAAUUCAGAAUCUGUGAGUGAAGAUGAUGAUAGUGAUGAAGAGCUAAAUGAGAAAUCGCUCAGAUCAAACCAAAGAGCAAAAUUUCAAAGUCAGGGUGCCGAUUGUGGCAAAAAGUGCGGGACGUGUUUCCGCAAACGGGCGGAAAGGAAAAAACGCGCAAGGAAAAUGGCUGCAACUGACAAGACUGGAGCUGCAGGGCGGAGCUGUUGCAGGGUGUGUGGAAAGGUCUUCCGGUACAAACGCUCCUUUCUGAAACACGUCCUUCAGCACGAACAGAGCUCAGAUCUGUGUGGAGCCUGUGGAAAACAUCUGGACUCGGACCAGAGCUUAAAGGUGCACCUACAAACCCACAGUGAAGAAAACAUCUGCAGGGAUCAAACGGAUUCUGGCAGCAAAGUGGCUGACGGUGACGAGGACUGGAAGGACAGCGAAGGAAGUGACGAUGGAGACGUUGAGACGUGUUUACAAAAUCCACCAAAAACAAAAAAUCAAGCAUCAAACAAACCUCAGACGCCUAAAAAUAAGGAUUUAUCUCAUCUGAAAUACCGCUGUAAAGUGUGCGGCAAGUCUUUCUGCUACAGAGCCUCCUUUCUGAAGCACGUGCAAGAAGACGAGCGGGACACAGAUCGUUGCGGCGUGUGCGGCGAACAUUUCGAGUCCGAGGAGAGCUUGAGGCUUCACUUGCAGACGUACAUCCGAACGAACGAGUGCGAGGUUUGUGGCAAACACUUUGACGGGCACAAACAGCUGGAGAUGCACAUGAGGACCCACACAGGAGAGAAGCCGUACGUCUGCGCCGUCUGCGGCAAAGCCUUCGCCCAAAACGGGAACCUGAUGGGACACAUGAGGGUUCACACGGGGGAGAAGCCGUACGUCUGCAGCGUCUGCGGUCAGAGCUUCAGCUUCAAAGAGUACAUGAUGGCUCAUAUGAGGAUCCACACGGGCGAGAAGCCGUUUCUUUGCAGCGUCUGUGGAAAAGGCUUCCGGCAGAGGGGAACUCUGAAAACCCACAUGAUGAUCCACACGGGAAAGUCCACGCACUGCUGCGGCAUAUGUGACAAAAGGUUCUACAAGAGCGGAGCGUUGAAGAUCCACAUGAGGUCCCACACGGGCGAAAAGCCGUAUCUGUGCAACAUCUGUGGGAAAAGCUUCACGGCGAGCGGCUCGCUGACCAAACACAUGGGCGUCCACGACGGCGAGCGAACGCACGGCUGCAACGUCUGCGGCAAAGGAUUCCUGAGGAAAGAGGAGCUGAAAAGACACGCUCAGACUCACAGGGACUCACAGUCCACGAGGCUGACGAGUCUUCAGUGACGAUGACGAAAUGAAUCGUUUGUCGUUUUUCUUUCUCAGUUCAGAGCAGCUGCUGUUGAUCAGACAAACCAACAAAACUGGCAUUUUUGACUGUUUUCCGACAUUUGUUUGUAUGAAAUACUUGUUGCGUUCCGCUGAUGCAUAUAAAAAUGGAUGACACGUCUCCACUUCCUCUUACUGCACAAAAGUGCGAGCUAAAUAUCCCAGACGCGACUGCUGCCAUCUUGUUCUACUGAUGUCAUUUGGAGCCAGAGUCUGUGCAGUAGCGAUCGGAGGAUGGAGCUGCAGUAUUGAGUUCCCGCUCAAACACCCGUCUGAGCCAAUCAGGAGCAGCUCAGCUUUCACCCAUGACGUUUCAACCCUUUUUAUAUCAUGAAAUAACUAAUUAAGACCAGACUUAUCAGAAAAAUUAGGACUUGAACAUACAUUAGCAUGAUAAGAGCAUUUUAAAAUGACAAAAACCAUCUUUGGAAAACAUUUAUUUGACGUGUGCUAAGAGUUUUUAAUUUGGCCCAUGUCCCAUCUGCUAACAUGGAGGGGGAGGGGUUUAUGAGCUGUACUGCAGCCAGCCACCAGAGGGCGGUCAAGAUGUUUGGGUUCUCAUGUCAUCCAUCUUUAAAUCCAGUCAGUGGUACAUUUCUGUUAUUAGGCCAAGUCUGGUUUCCAUGUUUUUUAAUCUCAUAUGUUAAGUUGUGCUGUAAUCUUAUCCAUUUUAUCUUUUCACAAAUGUUGAACUAUUCCUUUAAAUGGUAGUCCACCGUACAAGAAAAAGUGCUGAAAGAAAACUGUAGUUAGCAGUGCAUUCUUGUUUAAAAAGUUUCAAAACCCCGUCAUUUAUAUAAAGUAAAUUACAAUAAUGUGUCCUGCUAUAUUUAGGCUACACAGAAGAUUUGUUUUGCCAGCUUGCCUCCAUACAUCGAGCCUUCUUCAGAAGAUCAGACUGAAUCUUACAUGAACUUGACCGAAUUGUCAGAACAUCUAGUGAAAGUUUAAUACCCAUUUUGUUCAGGAUUUGACAUUAGCUGAAAUGUGGGACGCAGCGAUUUAUCGGCUGGUAUUCACAGCAGAUGGGAUGACGCUGACUGUGGCUCAUGUUUAUCUGUUGAUGAGGUUCUGGUCUGUGACAUCCCCUUCAUCAGUUUGCAAGACUGUGUGACCUUGUUUUGUGCCCGCAACAGGUGAAUAAAUAACAAAAAAAGACGGCGUCGUCAGUCGGA